UGCCCGGAGGAGGUGGAGAAGUUCCGCCCCCCGGAUCUCCGGCUUCCGGCAACUCGGCUGGACCUGAACCUGCCUGGUACUACUGAGGUUGGAGUCUCCCCCCGACCAGCUGGACGCCGAGCCCCUCGAGAUGAGAAAACUGAGGCCCCGAGGAGCCUGCAGUCAUACAGCGAGGACAAGCAGAAUCGGGAAUCAAACCCAGACCUCUGCAAAAUUUCUUCUUAAUAAUUGGGAGAAGACCCGCUGGCUGGAUGGCAGCUGUAGGUGAUUUGCAGUUUGAAGAAUUUGGUAACGCGACCGCUACUGCAGCAGAAAACCCAGGUGCCACUACGAUAAGUAUCGAGGGUCCUGGUGAAAGCCCGACGCAUCAAGCAGGACUCUCAAGAGGCUCCGGGGGAGAAGAGGAUGAUGAGUUGCUGGGAAACGAUGACUCUGACAAAACUGAGUUACUUGCUGGCCAGAAGAAAAGCUCUCCCUUCUGGACAUUUGAAUACUAUCAAACAUUCUUUGACGUAGACACCUACCAGGUCUUUGACAGAAUAAAGGGGUCCCUUUUGCCAAUACCAGGAAAAAACUUUGUGAGGUUAUAUAUCCGCAGCAAUCCAGAUCUUUACGGCCCCUUUUGGAUAUGUGCCACAUUGGUCUUUGCCAUAGCAAUUAGUGGGAAUCUUUCCAACUUCUUAAUCCAUCUGGGAGAGAAGACAUACCAUUAUGUGCCCGAAUUCCGAAAAGUGUCCAUAGCGGCCACGAUCAUCUAUGCCUAUGCUUGGCUGGUUCCUCUCGCACUCUGGGGUUUCCUCAUGUGGAGAAACAGCAAAGUUAUGAACAUCGUUUCCUACUCGUUUUUGGAGAUUGUGUGCGUCUAUGGAUAUUCGCUCUUCAUUUAUAUCCCCACAGCAGUACUGUGGAUUAUCCCCCAGAAAGCUGUUCGUUGGAUUCUAGUCAUGAUUGCCCUGGGUGUCUCAGGCUCUGUCUUGGCAAUGACAUUUUGGCCAGCUGUUCGUGAGGAUAACCGGCGCAUCGCACUGGCCACAAUUGUGACAAUUGUGUUGCUUCACACGCUGCUUUCUGUGGGCUGCUUGGCAUACUUUUUUGAUGCACCGGAGAUGGACCACCUCCCCACAGCCACAGCUGCUCCAAACCAAACAGUUGCAGCAGCCAAGGCCAGCUAAAAAGGAAAUUCUCUUUUAUGUGUUUUGGCGUGUGUCUCCUUUGGACGUGGCAUCUACUGCAGGAAAGCAGAACGACCAAGUGCAGGAAAACUAAUGCAAUGGCACCACCACCUUUGGCAUCUAUCUGUAAGGUGUCACCCUGAAACCCAGUCACCUAAUUUAACACACAGCAAUUAAGUGUUGUUCAGCACCUGUGUCUUUCAGCUCUUCUUUCUCAACUGUCAAUUACCAUCGGGACUAUGCCCUGAUUUGGAAUGGAACAUAAGGGAACGUGGUAUGUGUGCCUGCCAUUUGCCCCUCGCUGUCAUGUGACAUGCUUCACAUUAGGUCUGCCCUUAAUACGUGGAAUGGAUCCAUCCUGAGCUUCUCAUGUCUUUGUUCUGGAUGUUCCUCUAAGGUGAUCCUCUCCUCUCCAAAUGCUUGCCAUCCUAAAGUGGCCAAACUGUAUGAACUUUGGUUCGGAUCCACUGGGAGCCUGAACAUUUGUCUUUGGUGACCUGACGCUGAGCAAGCAAACCUAAUCGUUGCAAAUAAAUACCUCAUAGAAUGUCUGUCUGCA